CACAACCCCUAUCACUUAUCACUACCUUUCCUCAAGGUCUCAGCUGCAAAUGCGCUGAAGACACAGGCCGUCAUAAUGCGUCUUAUGCGAGAGCUUUUCUUCACAUUCGCUGUUGUGCUGCUGCUUGUGCAGUUGGUGCUCGCGGCCGAGGACUACUAUAAAAUCCUGGGUUUGGAUAAGGGUGCUUCAGAGAAGGACAUUAGACGCGCAUAUCGCACACUGAGCAAGAAGUUCCAUCCGGAUAAGAAUCCCGGCGACGAUACCGCACGCGAGAAAUUCGUUGAGAUCGCCGAGGCGUACGAAGUCCUGUCUACACCAUCCACGCGCAAAAUCUACGAUCAGUAUGGACGAGAGGGGGUUGAGCAGCACCGACAGGGCGGGCAGGCAGGCGGCCACACACACGACCCGUUCGAUCUAUUCUCCCGCUUCUUCGGGGGCGGCGGACACUUUGGACAUGCGCCGGGUCAUCGACGCGGGCCGGAUAUGGAGUUCCGCAUUGGACUGCCGCUGCGCGAUUUCUACACUGGUCGGUCGUUUGAGUUAAAUAUUGAGCGGCAGCAGAUUUGCGAGACGUGUCAGGGAACAGGGUCCGCGGAUCGCGAGGUCAUAACGUGUGAUAAGUGCUCGGGACGGGGAGUGGUUAUUCAGAAACAUAUGCUUGCGCCCGGGAUGUUCCAGCAGGUGCAGAUGCAGUGUGAUAAGUGUCGCGGGCAGGGGAAGACUAUCAAGAAACCUUGUCCUGUCUGUCAUGGGCAUCGAGUCGUUCGGAAGGAUGUUGAGACAUCUGUCACGAUUGAGCCGGGUAUGGACAAGGGCACGCGCCUUGUGUUUGAGAAUGAGGGAGAUGAGAGUCCCGACUAUAUCGCGGGUGAUUUGGUCUUGAUUCUUGAAGAGAAAGAGCCGGAGCUGGGCACGGCAGAGGAAUACCGAACAGACGGCACAUUUUUCCGCCGGAAGGGACGAGAUCUGUUCUGGAAAGAAACGCUGUCACUGCGGGAGGCAUGGAUGGGUGACUGGACGCGCAACAUCACGCACCUUGACGGUCAUGUUGUUCGUCUCGGCCGGUCACGCGGGGAAGUAGUACAGCCGCUGUCCGUGGAGACAGUCAAGGGCGAAGGUAUGCCAUUCUGGUCGGACGGACACAUUCAUGAUCAUGACGAUCAGGGCCCCGGGAAUUUAUAUGUUGAGUACAUCGUCAUUUUGCCGGACCAGAUGGAGAGCGGAAUGGAGAAAGACUUUCACGCGCUGUGGGAAAAAUGGCGCAGGAAGAACGGGGUUGAUUUGGCGAAGGACAGCCAACGGCCGCCAGCUCCAGUUAAGGACGAGUUAUGAUGUACUCUAGAUAGACUACAGUUU